AUGUCAGACCCCAAUAAUCCCAACAUUGAACUGAGAACCACUCCCCAGUGGUCACUCUACCGACGUGAAGCCUUUUGGAAUACCAACCACGGCCAAUAUCCGCCCUUUAACACGGAUCCAAUCGAAGUUGAAAAGCUUGCCAAAGAAAAACUGUCUCAAGGAGGAUGGUACUAUUCUUCAUGCAACGCAGGACUCUCAUGGACCCAUUUGGCCAACCGUCAGGCAUUCUACCGCCAUCGGAUCAUCCCUCGUACCCUCGUAGACACCAACCAGAGAGACACGGCCUGUGAAAUCUUCGGUCACAAAGUUGGUGCCCCCAUUGGAUUCGCUCCCAUCGGCAUUAAUCGCAUCUAUCACCCAACCGGAGAGCUCUCCGUGGCAAAAGUCGCAGAGGAACUCAAUCUCCCUUACUGCCUUUCCUCCGCUGGAAGUUACAGUAUUGAAGACGUCGGCAAGGCCAAUGGAAACGGACCCAGAUUCUUCCAGCUUUAUCAGAGUCAUGACGACGAAUUAGCCAUCUCGCUCAUGCAACGAGCUUGGAACUCUGGGUACGAUGCUUGUAUGUUGACGACAGAUACCUGGUCGCUCGGUUGGCGUCAUAAUGAUGUAUUCACGGGAAACUACGCCUUCUAUCACGACCAUGGCGCCGGGGAUAUCGCAUUGCAGGAUCCGGUGUUCCUUAGACGGCUGGAAGAAGCGGGAAUUGAUCCAAAGAAGAACCCCAAAGAGGCCGGUGCGAAGUGGAUCGAUGAGCACAUCUGGCACGGCCGAGCUCAUACUUGGGAAAAGGUCAAGUGGACGAUGGCGCAGUGGAAGAGGAUCAGUGGCGGCAGACCAUUCUGUCUGAAGGGAAUUCUCGAUGUCAACGCAGCAAAGAAGUGCGUCGAAAUGGGAAUUGACGGUAUUGUGGUAACGAACCAUGCUGGCCGCCAAGUCGACGGUGCUAUUGCUAGUUUGGAUGCCCUCGAGAAAAUUGUCGACGCGGUCAUGUUUGACUCUGGAGUGCGAACUGCAGCCGACGCCUUCAAGGCUCUUGCACUGGGAGCCAAAUUCGUCUUCCUGGGCCGCCUUUGGGUCUGGGGCCUCGGCAUCGCCGGUGAGCAUGGUGUUCGCCAUGUCAUGAAAAGUUUCCUGGCCGAGUUUGACCUGCUUAUGGAGGAGGCGGGAUUCCAAAGCAUUGAUCAGAUUGAUCGCACGGCUAUUGACAGUUUACCUAAUGCGGCGAACCUGAUCGCCUCUCAUGCGGGCAUAUAG